UCAGCUCUGUAUAAAAGUUUGUUGUUGUUGGAAAGCUUUGGAAGGAGAUGUUCAGCAUUGAAAUUUUCCAAAGUUAUGUUAUGAUGUUUUUUGUUUUCCAUAUUUUUUUAAGAUGAAUCAUCAAUUUCAACUCGCAAAAGGUACGUAUAAUUCUUUAACUUAAUUCAUAAAUGUAAUUAUUUGUUUUUAAGGAGAAUGUGCCCACAAAUGCUGCUGUUCAAGAAACUUUUUUUUUCGACAGCCGCCGGAUAAAAUUGUCCUUCGUGUGUGAUGCUAAAUGAAGCAAGCGCAAUUUUCGCACAACUCCGAAAAGUUUUACGAUAAGCUUCGAAUAAUGAUAAGAUGAACCGGCGAGCCGGAAGGAUCGGGAAGAUUAAUUACACAUUGAUGGAACGGAAUAUUGUAAGUGUUUGUUGCUGGCUAAAGGGUAACGUAUCUAAUACUUAUUUAAACCACAGAUGAAUUUAAACUUCAAAUUGAGAACUGUAUCAAUCUUUUAAUUAAUUUUUAAUCCCGACUUGUAAAAAUUAGUAAUCUACCGACACUGCUAGGAAAACCUAGAUUUUUUUUAAAUUAAUAUUCUAUUCUUUGGUUAUCCUUUCUAGGAAGAUUCCAAAAAUUCUAGAGGGCAGCAGGAUGUGUUUGAUAAAUUCUUUGCCCGUGAAUCGGAAGGAUCCAUCGUUUGAUGCUCGGGAUAUUUUGAAGGUUUCGCAGGAAAGAAAUUUCCCCUGGUUGGAGCUACCCGAUGAUCGUAUUGACACAACCGGGGGUUUACGAGGCAAUACUGUUCUAUAUGAGCUGCCCCAAAACACCAGUUGCUUUCUGGCUCUACUGUAUCCGCCCAAAGAACCUGGGCAAGCUCCGGAAGCCAAGUUCCAAAAGUUACGUUUUCAUGACGUUAAGGAUUCGACGCAGCCGUUUAAAGUACAUUAUUCCAUGGGUGGAAAUCUCGGGUAAAAGGACCGAACUGAAAGCAGGAACGAUGACUGGAUGUCAAAAAUAAAAAACAACAAACACGGAUGAUGAGCUAGCUAAUUUUGUUGUUUCCAAAAAGCAGUCAAAAUUUUACAAUAGUCCGCUCUCCUCCAGCGAGAAUACAAAACCGGAAAAAAAAUAAUUUGACGAUUCUAACGAGCUCGCCGAGCACCCUUCAGCACCUGAUUUGAACCAAUUUUGAAAAUGCAGCUCAAGGCGCUGAGCUGCUACAGUAAUUUUUUUUUUGCCGCCGGUAAACAAUCGAGAUUACACGUUACCGGGUUGACCAGCUAAAGUAUUAAUUCGUAUAAUAAAGAAUAAUUGCUACGCAAAAGAAAAAAUUUUGUGAUUCUUUGCUCAAUAAAUUUAAAACUUUCAUUUUUGCUAAGAAAUCUCAAAAAUGCAUGGGCAUCCCCAUGUCGAAAUAUACAGAAUUGACUAACCGAGUGAAAGCUCGCAAAUGUAUAAAAGCUCUUUGCACACACUCUGCGUACAACGCCCAAAGUUAAA